AUGUCUUCGAUGGACGGUGAUCAUGCGGAUUUCGAUGAUGAUCAUGAUAGGGACGAAGGUUUUCCAGACGAAGAUCCUCCAUUUCAGUCAGAUAAUGCUUUUUCGGAUGAUGGGCGAUAUCAAGAUGACAUGAGGUAUCCAGAGGAUCGUUAUCCGGAUGAUUCUCCUGUGCAUAAACAUGACGACCGUUACCCAGGUCAUGGACCGCGUCACAUGAGGAUGAUGAGGCCUCAAUUCCGUCCGAGAUUCCAGGGUGGCUAUAGGGGGCACCCACGUAUGCAAAUGCAUGGUGGCGGUCGAGGAAAUUUUAUGCGAUCAGGAAUGGGUCCACAUCGUGGUCCUCAUUAUGAUGGUUAUGGUCAUCCGAUGGGUAUGAACAGAUACCCACCAAGAUUCAGUCCACAAUAUCCUGGCCGUUUUCAAGGCAUGAAUGAUGACCAAAUGGAUGAUCAAAUGGACGAAGGACAUCCCUCUGGCGAUAUGAACUACCCAGGCCAUGGGGACAUGCCCAUGCCCCCUAAUUCUUAUUCUAACAUGCAGCACAUGCGCAUGCGUGGUCCACCACCUCAGUUCAUGCCUCCAAAUAAACAGAUGCCUCCCGACCAUCAACAGCCAGGGGCUGUUCCACCACCAGGAUCAGCAGGACAUCAGCCAUAUGGUCCGAACAAUUCGUUUAAUAAUCAACCUGGGUCCCACUAUGGUGGACCACAGACGCCUUACGGUGGACCUGGCGCUCCAUAUUCUGGAAGCCAAAACUCCCAGUCUUACGGCGCUCCACCAUUUAAUGGCCCUCCUGUGUCUCAAUUCGGUGGCCCUCAGUACAAUGGUCCCCCAGUGUCACAAAUGGGUGAUCCUAGUUCAAAUCUACAGUCAGGUUCGCAGUUCGCACCACCCGCUAGGCCAUACGGAGCACCUCCAGGCGGUCCUUUUCCUGUUCCUCCAACGGCUCCCUAUGGCGGUCCUGGACCUAAUUCACAACCUGCUGGAUCGUACAAUGGUCCUUCACAGUUUACUGGAACUGCGACCGGCCCUCAAGGAGCCGCGUCACAAGGAGCACCUCCAAAUGCCCCAAACAACAUGCCACCAACUAUAGCAAACCCACCAGGCCCAGUCGCACCUCCAACCUGUGGCGCCGCGCCUGUUUGCCCACAAUCUGCAACUCAGUCUCCGGCAACACAAGCGUCUGCUCAAACUCCAGCUGCCGCUCCCCCUGUUCCAGCAACUCCGGUUGCACAACCAGUUUCCAACGUUCCACCACCGUUCACCUAUCCGGCUCCGAUUCCGACUGUUUCAGAUGGCUCGCACUUCGGUCUUCCACCCCCCUGUUUUCCUGCUAUGACUGCUCCACCUAGACCCAUGGUUGUACAGACUAUUCCAGGGCCAGGAAUGCCUCCUGGUGCGACUAUACCAUGCCCAACGAUGCCACCUAUGCCAAUGAUUGGUCCUCCACCCAUACCUGGGAUGCCUCCCAUGCCUCAUCCUUUAUCUCAUUUCCGUCCACCCAUGCCUUUUAUGCCACCCGUAAUUCCAGUCAAUCCCUUCCCUCCGACUAUGAUUCAGCCUAGGAUCGUCGAUGAUAUAUGGGUUGAGAACCUUACAGCUGAGGGAAAAUCAUACUAUUACAACAUGCGAACUCGUGAAACUCGCUGGGAUAGACCUGAGGGUGUUACCGUGGUACGACAAGGUGAGGUGGAAGGCACUAUAAAGCCAGCGACAACACUGCAAAUGACUACGACAGCUGUUUCAACAAGUGUUGGCACACCGUCAGUUUCUUCAGCUUCUCUCUCCAAGCCUCCAGAGGUUGCAGUCUGGACUGAAUAUCACAAUCAGGAUGGCAAGGCGUACUAUCACAAUGUAAAAACAGGCGAGACAACUUGGGAAAAACCGAAAGUCUUGACAGAUUGGGAAAAGCAACAAUCAGAGCCAAGCGGUCAAAAAACACCAGAUCAACCUAGUCCAUCUGCAACGACAAAGACAGCUGUCACACCAACAAACGUCACGAUUCCCGCUGCUGAAACUAAAAAGACAGUCGUACCAGAUGUGAAUGAAAAACCUGUGGAAACUUUGAAGUCUGAUCCCAUUGAAAACGGAGUUGUGGAUUCAAAUGAACAGGUGUCUAAAGCGGAUUCAGGCAAAACCCCAAAGGAUAGUAGCCGACCAAUAUCCAGUACUGCCGUCCAUGGCACUCCAUGGUGUGUUGUGUGGACAGGUGAUGGUCGCGCAUUUUUCUUCAACCCAAGUCAACGGCUCUCUGUUUGGGAAAAACCUGAUGAACUAAAAGGUCGAACUGAUGUCGAUCGUUUGCUCGAAAAACAACCAAACACAUCAACACCAAGCAACGCCACCUCACCUCAAGCAAACCCUAUGGUUAAUGACAAUGAAUCUGAAGGAGUCGAUGGAAUACCUGUUUCUAAAAGACCACGCCUGGAAAACGACGAAACCAAUGGUCCUGCCAGUGAAGCGGAAGCGCCUGCAACUACUGAACGGACGGAAGAUAACGAUGCAGACAAGUCGGGUGGUACGUUGGAUAAGAUCCCUAUCGGGCUGGAGGCCGCCAAAGAAGCCGAGGAGAGGGCUGCGAGAGAAAGGGCUGUACAACCGCUGGAGGUUCGUGUACGACGGUUCAGAGAAAUGCUGGUUGAAAUGCAAGUUUCAGCUUUUUCCACUUGGGAGAAAGAGCUGCACAAGAUUGUGUUUGACCAACGGUACUUGUUACUUGCAAGCAAAGAAAGAAAGCAAACGUUCGAAGCGUACGUUAAAGAGCGGGCCGAAGAAGAACGACGUGAAAAGAAGAGCAAGCUCAAAGAAAAGAAGGAAAAGUUCAUCGAGCUUAUGGAUGAAGCCGGGCUAAAUUCAAAGUCCUCGUUUGGUGAUUUUACAGCCAAAUUUUCAAAGGACGAUCGUUUUAAAGCAAUCGAAAAAUCCCGUGAUCGUGAGGCCAUGUUUCAAGAUUACUUAGUGGAAUUACGGAAACGUGAAAAAGAGGACAAGCAUCGCGAAAAGGAGAAGGUCAAAGUCGACUUCUUUAACAUGCUGAAAGAACAAAAAGGUAUAAAUCGAUACACUCAUUGGACUGAUGUCAAGCGCAAGUUGGAUACUGAUCCUCGUUAUAAGGCUGUAGAUUCUUCUUCCAAAAGGGAGGAUUGGUUCCGAGAAUUCCUUCGUAAACUUGAUGAUGCUCCCGUUGUCCGAGAGGAUAGUUAUACAAGAAAAGAACGUGAAAAAAAGGAACGUCAAGAAGCAUCUCUUAGAGAACGUGAGAAAGAAGUGAAGGAAGCAUUGUCGUCUUCUUUACGCGAAAGAGACAAGGAAAGAGAACAGCAUUUACGCAAUGAACAAGAAACCAACUUCCAUUCAAUGCUACAAGAUAUGAUUCGUGAUCCUAGUCUAUCAUGGAAAGAGGCCAAAAAGUUGCUUCGUAAAGAUCCUAGAUGGGAAGGUGUUAGUGAUGUUUUCGAACGAUCUGAACGAGAAGAGAUGUUUAAAGAACAUAUCAAUGGAUUGUCUAAAAAAUCUCGUGAAAUAUUUUAUCGUCUAUUGAAUGAAAUUGAAGGGAUUUCAUUUGAUCUAUCAUGGAAAGAAGCAAAGAAAAUAAUUAAUAGUGAUCCACGUUUUGAAAAGAUUCCAAGUGAUAGAAAAAAAGAAUCUGAAUAUUUAUUAUGGGUUGAUAUGAAAAAAAAUCAAGCGAAAGAAGCUUUUAAGGAAUUACUUAAAGAAACGAAAAUAAUUAAUACUCGAACUAAGACAACUCUUGAAGAGAAUGAAAAUCACAUUUCCGACAUUAUGGAGGCUCUUGAGAAAGAUAAACGAUUUAUCGCCUUGGAUGCCUUUGAAGAUGAACGCAAUGCAUUGAUUGAAGAUUAUAUUGACAGUUUAGACAAACGACGUACUCCAACUCCAAUGUCUUUAUCAGCAAAAGAUUCCACCAAUCGCCGAACAACAACACUACCCUCUAUCAUUGAAAUGAGCACGACAUCAGAGUCACAUAAACUGAGUUCAUGUUCGGCAAGUUCAAAUGAUGAAGCUCAUUUGCCAGACAUACUACAAGAUGCUCCAAUUAUGAAUGAUUUUAAUCAAUCAGAAGAAUCUUCUCAUGGCUUAUCACUUGAUCAUACUGUUCAACAAAAUGAAGAAAGUGUUCCACAUGAAAUGAACCAAGAAACUAAGAAGACGAAUGAUUAUGAAUUUUUAGGAUUGUUAGAACAACAAUUCAUUAAUAAACCGACUCGACCGAAUUGUUCAAAUUUCAAUAAUUCCAUUAUGUUAAAUUUCGAUCCAUUAAUGAACAACACCUCAGAAAAUCAACCUUCUCCACAAUUGUUUGAAUCAACUAAUGAUCAAUUUGCUGAACAAUUCAUCACAAUAACACCGGAUUUAUCAAAUCAGAGCAAGAACAUGAAUACAUCACACUAUAAUCGUAUAGGUCAUUUAAUAAGUCCACUUAUUGACAAUGAAGAAGUCAUUGACGUCGCUAAAAUGUCAUCAUCAUCAACCACGACGACCACAACCACAACAGCAACAUCAACAUUGUUAUCAUCAUUCCAAACAUCUCCAAAUAAGUUAGGUGGGACAACACCUCUUUCAUCAAAUGUCAAUAUGAAUCAAGUUCGCUCGCUUUCCGGUGAUCAUGUUGUUAAUGAUGAUGUGGAUGACCAUAUAAUUCAGUGUAAUACAACUGACCAUCCUGUCAGUAUUUGUUCCACCACAGGUGACUUAUUCAACGCAUCAUUAUUGCAUCAAUCUUCUACUUCUACUACUUCUUCUGUACUCAUGAAUAAAUCUUCUACAAUGACAACGACAAUGUCAAAUCCCACAACAAUCUAUUCACCAUGGAGGCAUCGUACAGUGUUAAAUCAAGCAUUAGGUGGAGUAGGAGGUGGCGAUAAUGAUGUUGAUGAUGAUGAUGGUGGUGGAGGGGCAGAUGAUAAUGGAGUGAAUAGUUCACCGGAAUGGUCAUCUUUUUCAUUACUAAAUCAUCAUAAUCAUAAUCUUAAUAAUAAUAAUAAAAUACGAAAUACCACUCUUGUACAUCAAGGUCAACUGUUCUACAAUGACAAUGAUAACAAUCAUACUACUCCUAAUACUACUACUGAUAAUAAUAAUAAUUUAUACGAACCCAUUUCUAAACAAAAUACUAAAACAACCGAAAUAAGCCAGAAACUAGAAAAUGCACAAGCAACAAUAAUAGAACAUAAUGAUUAUGAUAUUCUUGUCAAUAUGUUAAAUCGUGUUGAAAUGAAAGAAGAAGAUGAUUUAGGCCAAUCAUCAUUAAUUCAUGAAGGACAAAAAAUCAAUCGAAAUGAUGAUGAUGAUGAUGGUGACGAUGAUUUCACUUUGAAUCAAUAUAAAACACCAGAGUUUAAAUUCUCUCAAUCUAUUAACAAUAAUCCAUCAUUGACAUUUAUCAAAUCUAAAUCUGAUCGACCUUUGUUAAACAAUAAAAACUACUUACCUCAUAAUAAUAAUACUAAUUAUAACACUCCACAAUCAACACAUUUCACAUCAACACCAUUUGUUGUCAAUAAAUUAAUAUGUACAUCAGAAGAAUUUGAACAAAAUACCACCGGAAUAAAAGUUCCAUACAAUACACCUGAAAGUAUUAUCGAUAAUCAUCAUCAUCAUCAUCAUAUUAAUAACAGCGAUAUCAAUACGACUGCUAACACUACUACUGCCACUACACCAUACACUAAUGAGAUUGGUGGUAUUUCUGGUUUCUUAUCUAAAGCAGCACGUUCAGUUUAUUCACGUCUCAUGUUAUCCUCAACAUCAACAUCAACAUCACCAUUAUCUAGUUCUGUUGUUAUGCAACAAUUCACGCCAAACGAUAAUUUAUUCCACACAAAACAGCAACACCAACAACAACAAACAACUAACAUGAACAUGACUGAACAAUGUCAAUCGAUAAAUGAUCCAGUCGGAUUGAACAUUGAACAAGAAUUGAACAUUGAACAAGAAAAGCAUAUUGAAGGAGAUGAUGAACAACAACAACCACCACCAUCACUACAACAACACUCUUGUUUAAAUGAAUCAUUAAUAUCAAGUGAAGAAAAAAUCUCACAACAAUUACUAAAUAAUGAUGAGGAUGAGGAUGGUGAUGAAGAAGAAGCAUGGAAAACAAUUAGUUCAACGCAUGAUUUCAAUAGUUCAUUAGCGAUAUCAAGUAAAAUGGAUAUUACAACUAAUGAUGGUGUUGUAGACAUGUUGUUAGAUAAUAAGGAGAAUGUAAAAUGUUUACAAGACAAUGAGGUUAUUAUUCUACAUGAAACUACUGAAAAUGUCAAUAUUAGUAGUAUUAGUAGUAGUAGUAGUGGUUGUAUGAAACAUGAACCUAAUUUAUCACCAUCAUCGAUUACGCCGCGAUCACCGUUGAAAGAAUUAUGUAAUCAUUUGAAAGAGAAUGCUUCCGUGAACAACGAUGUCAUAACACCCGGUGAUUUUAGUAAUAAACAGUUAUCACAGGCUGCCACUACUGUUCAUACUACUGCUACUACUGCUGAUGCUGUUGCUUCUUCACCGAAAUUGUCCACUUCAAUUGACGAUAAUAAUCAUCAUAGCAGUAGUAGUAGUGUAGUUGAACAUGUUGAAAAUAUUGAAUUAGAAAAACAAGCAUUACGUGAUGAAAUAGUGAGAUUUAAAAAUGAAGCAGAUUUAUGGAAAUCAAUACUCAAUGAUUAUCAGUCUACUUAUGUAGAAAUGGAAACAACACUAUCCGAGUGUGAAUUUCUCGAAACUAAGAAGUUGAUCAGUUUAAUUGAAGAACGCAAUGAAGCAAUAGAUCAAGCGAAACGUAUGUUAGCUGUUUAUCAUGACAUGAUGAAACGUGUUGAACGUGCACAAAAUGUAUUACAAUUUGCAAAAAAUAAACAACACUCAUUAAUUGUCUGUUUGGAUAAAAUUCGUGCACAAUUAAUAACAGUAGACGAGAAUUUGUCUCAUUAUUUCAUUCAAAGCCAUGAACAACAACCACAACAUCAACAAUUAAUCAAUGCUUUGUUGAAUCAAGAUAAACAAAAUGAAUUGUAUGAUAGGAAAUUGAAUCAAUUCACUUAUGAAUGUCGUCAAAUGGAUAUGCGUAUCUUAUCAUUAAGUGAAGAAAUGAAACAAAAGAUUGAAUUUGGUUUUCGUCCAAGAAAUCAAAAGAAAAAUACACUUUAG